AUGAAAUUCAACAAGAUCACACCAUUAAUCCUUGCGCCAUUGGCUGCAGCACAGUACUUUAACGGUUCAACUACUACCUUGGAGCCUUCCAACACUGAAAAUGACCAAGAUAUCAGCACAUAUUUGACAACCGUCACAAAGGAAAUAGUGAACACCGUAUACUGGACUUUGGAGAACAAUGAAGUAAGCACUCAGCUUUCUACCUUAACCACCAGUGACAUUUCCAGUGUAGUAACAACUUUGCAACCAACAAUUACCACUGAAGAUGAAGAUGAUUCUACUUUGACUGUACGUGAUGAGAGUACGUCCACCACCACCAUCACCAUUUAUUCUACUGUUAGUUUGGAUGACUCCACAACACUGGAUGUCGUUAAUGCUGGAAUCGACCAAAUUUAUGCUGAUGAUGUUACAUCCACAUUGACAUCAGUUCUAUUGCAAACAGUAACUUUGAGUGAUAGUGCUGGUAACCCAACUGCUACUACGGUUAGCUCAUUGGAGAAGCAAGUCCUUCUAGGUGACUUCAGCUGUGUUCCUGAAACGGUCACAGUUACCCAAUACGAAGCAACCAAAUAUAUAACCGUCGACUCUUCUACCCCAACUCAGGCCGACACUUCCUCAGGAAGCGAUUACGAAGCCGCAGCUGUCACUGUUUCAACCCAAGCAACUUCUGCUAUAUACAGCAACACUACUUCUACUGAUUUGCUAUGA